AGAGAACCCGAGGGAGGGGUCGUGCCGUGCUAUCUGGCCUCCCCUCACUCUCCCUGCCCCCUGUGUACUGCCUCCCUAGGAAGUACAAACUGUAAUGACGUAUUAAUUACAGGUAUUACAGGUGAUACAUAAAGCAGGAGUAUUAAACCUUUCCUUACUCUACUGAAGGUUUAUGUUGUUGAGAGGUUUAAUAGUUUAAUACCGGUGUUUUAAUGGAUGGUUUAUAUUAAGGUGUUUGAACCACUGCAUUGAGACUUUGUGGUGUUUGGUUGUGUUUGGAUUCGUUGUUAAGUGUUUGGGAAAGUGAAAAAUUGGAUAUAGAGGUGUUUUAAUGGUGGUGUUUUAAAGAUUCAUUAGACACUCAGAGAGACAGACAUUGUAACACCACUGAACUCUCUCGAAUUUGAAGUGAUUGGAACUCUUGUUUUAGCAGUUCAGAGAGAGACUCGAGAAACGUGGAGAGUGUGUAGCGCUUGAGUGUGAGAGUGUCUUAACUACUUGAGUGUGAGGGGGGUUUUGGAGAAGCACUCGAGGUGUGUCUCUUGAUCGACCAUUUAAGUGAACACCGCUGGAGUUAAAGGAGGUGUGGGACCAGUGAGUGACCAGCCCCCACAGGAGUAGUGACCAGAGGAACAGUGAGUGACCAGAGGAACAGUGAGUGACCAGAGGACCAGUGAGUGAUCAGAGGACCAGUGAGUGACCAGAGGAACAGUGAGUGACCAGAGGAACAGUGAGUGACCAGAGGACCACUAGGCAAGGCCCUCACCAUGAUGAACCACAUACUGGACGACAAGUUGGAGGCUGAGUCCGUCCCCCUCACCACCUCAGCUUCCUCCCCCCCCGUCAUCACCCCUCCCGUCAUCACCCCCCCAACCGUCACCCCCUCCAACAACGCCUCUCCAGCCAUCAGUCGACGCUAUGUUUUUGGGGCUCUUGGGGGCUCCUGUAGCGUCGACGGUGUGGCCAACUUUACUGAUUGGUCCAGCCCCAUCACCCCCACCAUGAAUGGCCAGCCCCCAGAUGGUGCCGACGACAAGCCGUUUAUGGUGGAUAUGAAAGAGAUGAGUGGCUACGAGAAGAACCUUUAUCUCUACUCGGAGGAGAUGGCGGAUCGGCCCAGAGUGUCAAUGAUGAUCAACUCUCUGGCCAACUACAACGCCACCAUCCCCUCCGCUGAAGAGAACGACUCCAAGCCCACCAAACCCGUGGCCAAGCUGGGUACACUAAUGGGCGUCUUCCUGCCCUGCAUCCAAAACAUCUUCGGCGUCAUUCUCUUCAUCCGUAUGCCCUGGAUUGUGGGGACAGCUGGCGGGGCAUUUGCUUUUACUAUUGUCUUGAUGUGUUGCUGUACGACCUUCUUAACUGGGAUAUCUAUGUCCGCCAUCGCCACCAACGGUGUAGUACCAGCAGGUGGGUCCUACUUCAUGAUAUCUCGGUCCCUGGGGCCAGAGUUUGGUGGAGCUGUUGGCAUCCUCUUUUAUACAGCGACUACUGUGGCAGCUGCCAUGUACAUCAUCGGUGCUGUUGAAAUAUUGUUGACGUAUAUGGCUCCGGUGUUAUCUAUAUUCGGGGACUUCACCAAGGACCCGAGCAUCAUGUACAACAACUUCCGAGUAUAUGGUACUGUCCUCUUGUGGAUGAUGUGUACUAUUGUCAGCAUUGGAGUGGCCUUUGUCAGCAAGUUCGCAGCCAUCGCUCUGGCCUGUGUCAUUGGCUCCAUCAUUGCUAUUCUUGUUGGUAUAUUUACCAAUAUCAAUGGGACAGAUAAAUUACAGAUGUGUGUGUUAGGAGCAAGAUUACUUACCCAAGUUGAUAACUGUACCAAAGAAUAUGGUGGAGAUCUCUGGCAGAUAUAUUGUGCAAAAGAAAACAACACCUUUGCCCAAAACAUCACCGAGUGUGAUCCCUACUUCCAAGCACAUAACGUGUCUGAACGAAGAGCUAUUGUUGGGUUGGCAUCUGGCGCGUUUACUUCCAAUUUGGGUUCUCACUUCAUGGAGCAGGGGCAGAUUGUUUCAGACACAGACAAUCCUGAUGACUAUGAGUCUCUAAACAACCCAACUUACAAUCAGAUCGUCAUUGACAUCACCACCUCCUUCACCGUCCUGGUUGGCAUCUUUUUCCCAUCCUGUACAGGAAUUAUGGCCGGCAGCAACAGGUCUGGAGAUCUUGCAGAUGCACAAAAGAGUAUUCCCAUAGGAACACUUGCUGCCAUUGUCACAACAUCCUUUGUUUACUUAAGUUAUCUUCUCUUGUUUGCUGGGUCUUAUGACCUUCUCCUGAUGAGAGACAAGUUUGGUUACAGUGUGGGCGGUAAACUGGCCAUCGCGGCAAUAUCCUGGCCAAAUGAGUGGGUGAUUCUCGUGGGGUCACUCCUCUCGACCAUAGGUGCUGGCCUACAGUCCCUCACAGGAGCACCGAGAUUGAUGCAAGCCAUAAGUAAAGACGGCAUUAUUCCCUUCUUAGUGCCCUUCGCUAAGUCUUCAGCACGCGGGGAGCCUCUCAGAGCAUUGCUGAUGACGGGAUGUAUUUGUCAGUUUGGUAUUUUGAUUGGUAACCUGGAUUACAUUGCUCCUAUUCUGUCAAUGUUCUUCCUCAUGUGCUACGGCUUUGUCAACCUCGCCUGCGCGUUACAAACUUUGUUGCGUACUCCCAACUGGCGGCCAAGAUUUAAGUAUUAUCACUGGUCUUUGUCAUUUGUGGGUCUGUCGCUGUGCAUUACUGUGAUGUUCAUGACCUCUUGGUACUAUGCCCUGCUGGCUAUGUUAAUUGCUGGUAUUAUCUAUAAGUACAUCGAAUUCCGUGGAGCAGAAAAGGAAUGGGGAGAUGGCAUUAGAGGUCUGGCCCUGUCCGCUGCUCGCUACUCCCUCCUGAGACUGGAAGAAGGUCCUCCUCAUACUAAAAAUUGGCGGCCACAGAUCCUUAUUCUAGCAAAGCUGACGAAGGAUUUGGUGCCCAAAUACAAGAAACUUUUCACUUUUGCCUCCCAGCUGAAAGCUGGCAAGGGUCUGACUAUAGGUGUGUCUGUUAUUGAUGGAGAAUACUCGAAAAGCUACGGAGAAUCGCACGCUGCCAAACAGAGCUUACGUCGUGCCAUGAACGAGGAGAAAGUGAAAGGCUUUGUCGACACGCUGAUCGCCAAGAACAUAACAGAAGGCAUCAGUCACAUUAUCCAGACUUGUGGCUUAGGAGGCAUGAAACCCAACACAGUCAUUCUAGGAUGGCCUUACGGGUGGCGUCACUCUCCAGAUGAGCGGUCGUGGCGAGUUUUCCUAGACACCGUUCGUAAUGUAUCGGCGGCAAAGAUGGCGCUUCUUGUCCCUAAAGGCAUCAAUUUCUACCCAGAUUCUAUGUCUAAGGUGUCUGGUACUAUUGACAUCUGGUGGAUUGUCCAUGAUGGCGGUCUUCUUAUGUUGCUGCCCUUCCUCCUCCGCCAGCACAAGGUCUGGAAGAACUGCAAAAUGCGCAUCUUCACCGUUGCUCAGCUAGAGGACAACAGCAUCCAGAUGAAGAAGGACUUAAAGACAUUCCUCUACCACCUGCGUAUUGAUGCUGAAGUGGACGUGGUCGAGUUGAUGGACAGUGACAUUCAGACGUACACCUACGAGCGAACACUCAUGAUGGAACAGAGAACACAGAUGUUGAAGGAACUGCGUCUCAACCGUAAAGAGAAACUCAAUAUUUCGGAACUAGGGUUUGAGGCUGCCAAUAUUGAAGACAAACUGCCCCUGAUUGAGUCAAAUAGCCUCAGGGUUCAAGCCAUAGUAGACCAUCACCACCCCACAGGCGAGCACUCAGCAAGCAAGGUGCGCUUCAAGGAGGAUGAGCCUGCACUAGACUCUGAUGCAGAAGCAGAGAUGAGUGGAGCAUCUGAGGACACAGAGAAGAAGACCAGCAAAAAUGAAAGCUUCAAGAAACUGCUCACCAUCAAGCCGGAUGAGGCAAAUGUACGACGAAUGCACACUGCUGUUAAAUUGAAUGAAGUGAUUGUGAACAAGUCUCACAAUGCACAACUUGUCAUCAUUAACCUUCCUGGACCCCCCAAGACGUCAAGACCAGAAUCAGAGAGUAACUACAUGGAAUUUUUGGAAGUUUUAACAGAAGGACUGGAGAGAGUGUUGAUGGUGAGAGGUGGAGGUCGGGAAGUCAUCACCAUUUAUUCAUGAGUCAGUAUUCAGUAUAUAUAUGUAAUAGUUACUCUCUCUGUGGUGUCCAGCUGGUUCACAGGAGACCAGGAUACUGAAGGAAGGUUUACAAUGUCCGUAAUCAUGUGUAAAAUACAGGAUAAGAAACUGGGUGAUGAACAGUAAAUACAUCAUUUUCAAUAUCUCCUUUGUCUCCAAAAACAUUUUACUCUAUUAUAGUUAAUAAUUUUUGUGAGAUGUAGGCAGCAAAUGCUUUUUUUAGUAAUGUGUUGUUUAACAACAAUAAUGAAUAUUUAUGGCAGCAAAUGCUCUCUUGGUAAUGUGUUGUUUUAAUAACACAAGUCUGGAAAUUUAUGGUGCAUUCUUGUGGUUUUCAUAGUUAAAGUUAGGAUGUAAGCAGUGGUCUCAAGACCAACAGUCAAGUUCCCUUAGUAGUCUUUGUACUAAUAUUAAGGAGACCUGAAAGGACUGUACAGUAGCUCUGAUUGAAAGAUUAGACAAAGAGAGAGAUUUAUAUGAAAUGGUUAAUCUUAUAGGGAUAUAUGCUGUGUAAUUUGAUUUUUUUUUACUACAGUAUUUUCAAGAAAUGUAAAGACUGGAUAUUUAUAUUAUAUUUUAUGAUGCUUAUUAGCUUUUCUUACUGUUUAAGUUUUGUUUUUCUUUUACACAAUAGUGUUGGAAGGCACCUAAUUAUAAUACUCGUUAUGUCAACAAGUCCAGCACCCAUACAAAUAAUAUCGUGGGCAUUUAAGCUUUACCUCCAUUGAAAUUUGAGCUGUAAUGAAGGGAAAUUGUAAACAUAUUUUUUUAAGCUUCGUCGCCUUUUUUUCCAAGUUUUGAUACAGUUGAAGUUUAGGUGUCCAUAAGAACACUCAGGAGUCAGGCUUUUAUUAAACUAUUUGGAAUUUAGUAUUUUGAUAAUUAUUGUUUUUUCAGACUUGAUGAUGGUAAUGAAUGGCUGUUGUGGUAACAUUUGUUGGUGUAAAUCUUUACAGAUAAAGACACUUAUGGUAGCAGACAACUAUCACCACCAUCUGCUGCUUACAGUUUUUAAAUUACCCCCAAAAAAUACAUGAAAGUUAUAAUGUUUCAUAAUUACUUUGUAAUGCUCUUAAGAUUCAUCUUCAAUUUCACCGAAACAAGAAUUAUGGGAUAAAUUAAAAUUAACAGAUGACUCUGCCAUAUUAUUGUGCAUCAUUUGUUCAGCGGUCACGAACAUCCUCAAGUGUAGGGCGAGAGACAACGUUCACAUUGGCUUAUUAAUAUUACUUGCUUACAGUAAAACAUUUUAAACAGCUGAAGCACUACAGCACCAAUAUUAUACAAUGAAUUGUUUUUCCAUACAAGCCUUUUCCUGCUGUGGUAGAGGGUGACUAGGCAGCAGCUUAUCUCCUGACUCUUCUCACCCAGCAGAUACUGGUCUUGCCAUGUAUCACAUACACUACAUAUAUAUAACACACGUUACAUACAUAUAUAACACACACAUUACAUAUAUAUAUAUUUAUAACAAACAGUUACAAACAUCACUAACACACAGAUGUACAAACACCAUUAUACUGUAUACAGCUGGAUAAUUUGACUAUCAUAGAAAUGAAGGAUUUGUCUUUUCUCACACUUCAAGAAAUAAAAACAUACAUCAGAAUAAUAUACAAUAGUAUUCAUUAAUAAAGAUCAGAAUAGAAUCGUAUUUUAAGAUAAAUAACUGGGAGACAGCAGUAGCUAUGUUUAAAGCCAAGUCAAACUAGAAAACGUGCGGCCCAAGACCAAAACAUCAGUGAUAAAAGGAGACCAAUGGAGAGGUAUAUUUUGUACGCCCCAAUAUUCCCGUGUCGUGCUUCCAUGAGUGACCAGCAACAAGUGAUCUACCACCCACUCUCUCAACUUUUCAAAUCAAUAUUGUUUUGGUGGCAAAUAUUUGUACAUACAAUAGAACCAAGUGUUUAAAUUUAAAAUAUUUGAAGUAAAUAAAAGAUGUGAAGAGGAAGAUGAUACAUAAACUUUAUUCCCUCUGCCUUCUGCUCUUGUAUUUUAAGUUCUGUGAAGAUUUGGUCUACAGACGUCUCCUUGUUUUUAAUAUUUUAUAUCUUACAGAUUGCAGCUCAGAGAUUUUUUUGUGAUCUGGUAUGGCAGUCAGAUACAGUAGGCAAAAUCAAAGAAAAUAUCAAAGGAUUAGUUAUGGAUGUGUAAAGCAAUAUGUUAGACUAGAAUAAAUCAGUUAAAUUUAAGAUAUCAUAUACAGAAUUUAAAUUUAAUGGAAGUUCCAUAAAAUGUAAUAUAAUUUGUAUUAAGUUCAUUAUACAGUAUAAUUUAAUAAUAUACUUUGGAGGGUUCUGGCUCAGAGGGCAGAGUUGGGAACAGUUAAUAAAGACCAAGGCACUUGACCAACACUCAGAGGCAUGUACAGUAUAUUACACACCACCACAACUGUAAUCUCUCUCGUUCACUUAAAUCAGGAACAACAGUAAGGAUACAAUAAUUUUUUCCACGUGAAAGAGAACCACCGCAGCUGAACAUUUUUACGGCAGUUAUGGAGUAAACACGAAGGAAGACGUGUAUCUUCCCUUGACUGUGGGAUAAAGAUUACAAGAGUUCCAUAAAACAAUGUACAGUGUCUCUAUAAAAGUGUUCCUGGUGCAUCAGGUCGAGCACAAACACGAGUAACUAUAUCAUUUACAUGCUUAUAGACGUACAUGCUAUAUUAAAUCAAUCCUCUUGUUAACAUUGGGUUUACUAACGCCAAGAGAAAAAUUCUAACCUAAUCUCCGAUGGAUCUACAGUAGAGUAAUUUUCUACAGUAUUUUGAAAUUUGUAACUGAUAUUGACCUCAAACUGUGCCAUAAUUUGGUGUAAUUAAUAACAUAACCAAGAAAUGCAUGAAUUUAUACUCUUAGUUUGGCUGGGAUUACACUAUGGACUAUUUCCUGAAAUUUUGUAAAGAGUACUGUACUGUAGACUGAAAUUGUUAACACUAGCCAGUAACUGUACAUUCAUUACAUAGGGCCUUUGUAUUACACUGGCUAAUUACUAUGGGUAUUAUUAAUGUUGUUUAACCAAAGUUGUGAUCAUAAUACAUCUAAAUAGGCUGUGGAUUAUUUGGUAUCAUUAAUCAUGUAAAAAAAAAUCAUCUUCGUACUGACUCCAUCAAAUAACACUAAUACAAUAUAUCACAAUCUCAUGAGGUGUACUGUGUAUACUUGAGGCAACAUAUGACUGUAUCACAUAACUUGGUAGACAUGAGAUACAACAACAUAGAAAGUCAUUAUGAACACUAAAGACACAGUAACUUACAUCCUAAAUUUACAAAUAAGAUUGGUACGUAAAUUUUUGUCAACCUGAUUACUUUUAACAACUUGAAGUAAUGGUUUAUUAUUCAGUACUUGGUUUAGUAGCAGAACACAAGAAUGUUGCAUACUUCUGACCAAUUUUUAGUAAGGUAACAAGCACAGGUAAUCUCCCACAGGUAUAAGGAGUUAAAAAUAAUACCAGCUGUAAUCUCUUCAUACAUGCAUACCACACACAGAUGUAUAGUACAUAAACUACAAUGCCUUUAUUAUAACAAAAGUGCAAAGUUCAACAAAAUAUUCAAGAUGUUGUAACGUCCUCACAACAACUCCUAAUAGAGCCAGUAUCCAUCAAAUUUAAUUCUUUCUCUAAUUUCCAUGUACCGACAAAUUAUAAUAUCGUCAAGUUUACUCCAAUUACGUAUUUGUUAUUGAAAUGUAACAAUUUUCAACGUUUAUAUUUGUAUACUUUGUCUAAAUUGAUAAUUACAAUUUUCUUAACAAUUUAAGGACCACUUAGUGAAUGAGCUUCCAUCCCAGUGACAGAUUCAAAAACAUUUUGCUCAUAUUAUUUCUCACCGAGGUGUGUGGAAUGUGUAUUGAUGUUAAUCAUCAAGUGUUUGUUCUUAUAGGAAUCAAUUAUAACAAGGCAAUUAUGAUUUUCAGGUUGUACUUGCUUAAGAGUCUGUUUGAGAUAUUGCGAGAGAGAACUCUACCCUUACAUUAGGUGGCGCUCGUAGAGAUACUUUGUCGUACGAGAGAACGAGUUACUUUUCUAUAGCCACCGGAAGUGUGAAAGGUUUUAUGGCAACUUUAUGGUGAUGAGAGAAGUAGUACUACACUGCUUGUUGUGAGUAAAUGGACAAUCAGGCUUCACCAAUUUUGGUUUUGAUAUGUCAUUUGAGUAGAUGACCUCUUAUAUACUAAUUGUUUUUAGUAAAUCCAGGGAUGUGUCCUGAACUAAAUAAAAAUAAUUAUCUUUGGUGUUCAUGUUUUGUAGCUGUAGAGAUAGCUGUCCAUUGAUUCUGUUAUUUUUUAAUUAUAAUGGUGAGCCACAUUUAAGCGCACCAACCAAGGCUCAAUAUUUCUGAUGUUACAUUGAUGUUUCUCCUUUCAAAAUUCAUUGAAACAAGUGAACACCUAAAGAUAUUUGGGAACACUUCCCUGGAUGGCACGACAAUGUGACCUCAAGCAUGAGUUUUGUUAUCUGCAUCGGUAAUAUUUUCUUGUCAUCAUUUAAGAGAGAGAGAGACACACUAAUACAUGAUUCAGUACACAAUGCAUCACAUAAAUCUUACGUCUCAUCAUAAAACGGUAAUACUUAAAACUACUGUACAGUACUAUUAUUUUUCAACUAACAACACAACAUGUAGGUAAUAAAGCCUAUGUAUGAGGUGAUAAUUUAAAAAAUUUCUUGUAUAUGUAUGAUACUGUCCAUAGACAACUGUUGGAAGUUUUUUGAAGAAUACUAUUUGUUGUUGGUACAAGUUAAAUUACAUUGAAUAUGUAUUAGAUUUUGAUGAGCAAGUGUUAAAAUGACUGGGGAAAGGAGAAGAAUAUGGUUAGUUUAAGUUGAAUAUUCAACUGGCUCAACUGUAGUCUGUGCAAACUCCUGAAUGGGAUUAGUACUGUUCCUAGGUACAGUUAGGUAGAAUUUGAUCUUUACUUCAAUGGGAUAGGUAAUGCAGGACAUAAUCAAGUAAAACUGUAUCAUAUAUGGAAAUGAAUGAUCGAUCAGAUCAUAUAUUACAGUACAUAUGAGGACUCUUGUAUUUAUUUGUAAUUUAUUAUAUGUACUCCCAUUAAUUUCCAUAUUUAAAAAUAUAUAUUUAUAAAAUUCAAUACUCCUCCAGCUCAAAUAGACUGUUUUAGGAACACAUAAGGCUAUUGGUGGGAGUACCGGUACUUAGUAAUUUAUAUCAGAAUCAGUCCAAUAUGUCAUUGUAUUGCCCUCAACACAGCUGUUGCCAGAUCCUCAUCAACACACACUGGUACUUGUAUUAAUCACAAUGGAUAACUUUCCUCCAGAGGCUACACAUUCAGGACAACUUAUUGCUAACAUUGUUUUACAUGUAUGUUAACACUACAGUAAAACCCUUUGCUAAUUCACAUUAACUCGGGCAGUCUUACGAGUCCCCCAGAAUAUAUGAAUUAACACCAGAGUAACUUACAGAUAAUUAACAAUAAUACUAAAUAAGGCUCAACCUUCAGGUGAUAUUUUUAUUACAUAAUAAACAUGUGUCACAUACAAGUAAAUAUUAAAGCACAGUACUAUACAGGUAUUAGUUAAAAUGAUUCUUGACAGGAACAAAAUGGUUGCCAAUACAGUACAGCAAACCUUUGUAAUUUACAUAUGAAAGUUCCAUCACUGUUGACAGAAAAACCCUGUUAUCAGACCCUCACGGACCCUGAGUUGGUUACGGUACUUGGAAGUUUCCAGUAUAUACAACCACCAACACAGUACAGUAUCAAAGUUGUUAAGCAUUUAUUGGUAUUUUUUUACGUGUAUUUGGCAUAGACUGUAUACUGCACAUGCAAGUAGUUUUUGUUAAGUAUAAUUAUCACAUUUUUUAUUAUUCUUCAGUAAAAAAUAAUUGACACAUUUUUAUUAAGGUCACGAGACAAUCGUGAAAAAUUACACAAGUACUGGUAUAUUAAUAUUAAUCCCAUUCUUAGAUAUUAAAAAAAAAAAAGAAUUCCUAUUUCUAAUUAUGGAUUCAUGGGGUUUUACUGUAGUGUAUAAGCUGCCUCUGAAACAAACUAAAAAAACAACUAUAAAAAUGAAACGUUUACUUGAUGUGAACAUAUCAUUGAAACUUGGCCUUAUAACAGUUGCAAGUUAUCCAUUUAAUUAUGCAGAACAGUUAAAAUAUUUCUGAACAGCCAAUGAGAUUUCUAAGGGCCACAUUGAUGAGACAUACACCAAACAAUGUGCUUGGACUAACGCAACCACCAAUUAACUAGUGUCAAAUCACCAUCAUUAUGUUAUGUUCUCCAGUUAGUAUCUGGAUACCUCAUCAUUUAAAGAAAAUGUGUCUGAAUAGAGAAGAUAGAAUAAAAACAAUGAAUUUGUUCACAUACAGUAUGUUGACCUUGAAGUUCUGUAUGAGUGAACUGUGUGAUAUAUUUGUCUCAAAACCUUAGGGUGAGGAUAAUGAGCUUGUGGCCAGUAUUAUUGAUAAUGUCUGGUCAGAACACCCAUAGAAGUAACUAUGAAGGCUUUAACUGGUUAUGUCAAGUGUAAUGUGAGGCAGUGUGUGUGUGUGGUUGUUGUGCAGAACGAAAGGGAACCUCAGAUGUAUGAGGCUGAUAAAAUAUCAUGACUUACUACUGCUAGUGAUAGACAUAUGGCUGGAGAUUGUUUGGUGUUUCACAUUUCACUAUUAAGCAGCUCAAAAAAAAUCCUUAAAAUAAAACUAUUAUACAAAUGAAUAAAUGAACUAUAUACCUUCACAUCUAACGAUUUCAUUACUUAUCUAAAUAUACUAUCUACAUUUACUGUAUUCUGACAGGUGAUAUAAAAAUUCCUUUCCAAACUUGACAUUGUCACAUAUUGUAGUGUUAAAGAGACUUGGCAGUCAUCAUUGGCACCACAAAACAAUUCAUCAUUGUAAUAUAAAGGAAUCAAAAGUGUUAACAAAAAUAGGAGAGAGGGAAUCAAGAUUCAGCAAUGUUUUCUUGAGUUACAACAUCCUAAUAAUACAGAUGUUCUGAAUCUCAUGUGUAAACACUGUAGUACUGUAAAUCUAGAUACAGGGACACCUUGAACUAGGGUGAGCUGCCCUUCUUAAAGUGACCUAUUUUGUUUUUCUAAUACAUAACUUACACACUUCUCUAGUUUGAUCUUAUAACUACACACUGCUUAGCAAAGUAUAAUUUAUCAGGUAUUUGUUUGUCCUUUUAAUUCCAUUCAUACUUUCUUGUCAUUCUCAGCAUUAAUUUCACUAUCUUAAUUAUAUAUUCAUCAAAAUUACCUCUGUCUUGGCAUUCAGAAAUAUUUGAUAAUUUAUUCAUCCAUUACUGAAAACCAAGUAGAGGUGCUCUCAGAAACUGUACUAAAUCUGUUACCACAAAACACUGAAGAUAAAUGGUGCGAGUGUGUAGACCUAUGCCAAUGUGGGGGUGGAAAACAGGUACUGUAUAUAUAUAGAGAGACACAGUAUAAGGGUGAGUUAUACAGUUUGUUGUUCCUAAUAUGCUACAAGCUGGUUACUUGUCAUGUUUAGGCCUUGUAUUAAGUUGUCUCUUAUGUAUAGAAGGCCAUCACCCAGUACAAGAAAAUCUGAGACACCAUCUGUUUCACUAUGUAAUCUCUUUGUUAAAUUCUAGUGCUGUGAGUCAUAUAAGGUCAUCUGGAACUAAUAUGUAUUAUUUUGUGUAACUAUUUUAUUUCUAGACCAUGAAUAAAGAAUAAGUCAUAUGUCUGAACUUACUAGCAGUAGUUUUUGUGUAAUUCUGUGGCAGUUGGUACUGAUAGUAUACUUUGAAGUGUAUUCUAAUUCUAUCUAGAAUAUUUAUUUUUAGAUACCAGAUAAAGUUAGCUAUUAUCAAAUGAAAUAACUUAUCCUUAAUCAUUGUAUUUAUCAACAUUUCAUCUCUCAUUUAUACACCACCAUGUUUUUAUUAUUGUAACUUGUUCUGUGCAGACCUACAACACUGAGGCUUGGUCAGUGCUUCAACAUGCUCAAUUCUGGAGUCCUAAUUCUGAAGUUUGGGGAGAUGAGACCAUUCAAUGUCACAAUACAGAGACUGAAGAGAAGGUUAAGGGACAUACAGAGUGUAUCAUUUAUACUUGUUAUCAACCCACAUCUUUUUCUUAUCAAUAAAAACUCAUAAUAUGAACAACAUAAUUUAGAACACACUUUCCUCCUGAUUGCAAUUUUAUGACGUUACUUUAAAGAUAAAAUUACAACAAAAAUCAAAUUAGCUACAGAGUGUAAGAGUUUCUAGACUAAAGGAGUCUGGCUGAGCCUUUACAGUGUAAGAGAAUUUAUUUCUUCAAACAACUCUUACAUAUAUAGUCUUAUGAUAUUGAGUAAAGUGCCUAAUCUCUUUAAAUUAAUUAGUUUCCCCUUCCUUAUUACAAUAAUUAAUUACAGACAAUUUAGAUUCUUUGAACCCCAUUUGACAAAGGAUUUUAUAAAGGCACUUUGAACCAUAACACCUGCAACACAGUAUACAUUAGUUGGCUGGGCACUUAACUCUACAAAAGCCCAGUUCAUGUUCAAUAAAGGCUGAAAGUAUAUCUUAAUACAUAUAACAAUACAUUUAGCAUUAAACCACAAAAGAUAUUCUUGUCACUUUGCUCACUGCUUAUCAAACUGUAUCAAAUAAUUCUUUUAAAAGUUCAGUUGAUGUCAGAUUCAUUUUUUGUGUAUGAAAAAUAUCACUCAAGCUCAAGGUGAUUUUCUUUUUCUUCUCACACAAAGAAAUUAAACUAAUGUUAUCUACACACACACACAUUACCCUGGUAUUAAACAUUGUGCCAUCUAAAUAUAUACACAAAAUGUUCAUCCUUAAUCUAUAAGGAAAUAAUGGAGAUUCUUCAACCCAACAUCAUUAUUGUGCACUCCAUGCAAUAAAAAUAUUUGCAGUGUUGUUAUGCAUGGAUGUUGCUUCAGUGCUCAAUAUUCUUCUAUCUAUCCAUAACUAAAGAAUGAACACUAGUGUACUAAGCUUUGGCCAAGCCUCUGAGGGUUGUCUUAUGGUCUGUGAUGUCAUCCGUGAGAAGAAAUUAAUAGUCAUCCACAUUUCAUAAAAAAUAACUCAUCAGUCUUAAUAUUUCUCAUCCUGUAAAGCUUGUGAUUCACUAGUUAUAUUCCUUGUAAAUGACUACGUAUAUUAAUCAAAAGAGCAAAUUAUUUUGUUGCAUAUAAUAUAAUACUGUACAAGAACAACCAGAUGGUACUAACACUUGGUCUUAUGUACUUAAAUCUUUAGCACAUGACACUGGGAACGAGGUAUUGAAGUAAUUUGACUAAUUUAUAAUAAAAUUUACAUGCAACAAAAAUAGAUUCCUCAUUGUUGACUCUUAGGCUGUAAUUAGCAACCUUGUAGUGUCAUUACCUUGUGAACAUUAAAAAUGCAUCUCUAUCAAAGUUCUGGCACUGUACUGGCAGUUUAUCCCCCCCGCCCCGCCCCCAAAACAAAAAUCUUCCACGUUAGAAGCAGAGUUCCCUGCAGAGUCCAUUGAUUACUACCAUAUAUCUCUUGCUGGAGACUUAACAUCAAUGCUCUUAAUACUUGACAAAGAAUUCUGCAUGUUUCUUUGGCCAUCGUGAAAGUGAAGCUAUCAUCUUUGUAAUACUGAAUAAGUAUAAAGUUGCUAAAAUGUAAAAAAAAAAAAAAAAAAAAUAUAAAAUUAUACUUGUAUACAGUAUAGUAUAAUAUGACUAGCCCCUGAUACCAUCUUUCAAAGAGAAACUUUACUUUUAGACAUGCUUACACAAGAGCACUCAAUUCCUUAGGGGGAAAAAAAAUUAUGAAAUCCCCUAAAGUUCAUAAAAUCUAAUUGCGGUUUAACCUUUGAUGGAUAUGCAUAUUCAACGUCCAACACAGUACAGUAAUUACAACCCUUCACUAAUGCCACAUUUGUUGUGCCCCUUUUUACACCUGACUGGGCUCGUCUAUUCACUUUCAUGUUUUAUGGCCAAACUGUAUUAAAUGUAGAAACAUUUUUGCCAUAAUGUACAUGAAACCUAAUAUGACAAGGUCGGUGAGUGGUGUCUAGAACUCCUGAUGAACGCCAAAUAUUUCCUAGGGCUCACUUAUGAUCAGUACAGAACAAGCUAACUACUGAAGCUUUAUGGUUGAAGACUUCUCCAACUUAACUCAAUAUUGUUGAUUUGGAAUAAUAUAUAUAUAUAUAUAUAUAUAUAUAUAUAUAUAUAUAUAUAUAUAUAUAUAUAUAUAUAUAUAUAUAUAUAUAUAUAUAUAUAUAUAUAUAUAUAUAUAUAUAUAUAUAUAUAUAAAUGUGUGUCAAUCUUGUGAUAUAUUAAACUGAGAAAAAUAAGUUAUUUCAUUAUAAAACAGCGUCUCACUCCUGCAGGGGAGACAAGUACUGUACAGUUGAAGAGUCUUCACACCAACCUUCAAUAGGACUAAUGCCACUCCUUUUGCAACCAUACCAUUGUUAACCCAAAAUAUAAUUCAGAUAUGAGAGAUGUUAGGAUAGCAAACUUUCAGUCACAAACAAAAGCAAUGGAACAAGAUGAUUCUCUUCCUGAUGGCAUAAGGGGCAGCACACUGACCUUCAAGAGUGGUAUCAUCUUGUGAUUAUUUUUGGCCCCAUGUAUUGUCUCAAGAAAGUAUAGUGAAAGCACAAAUUGAAGAUUAUUAUGGUCUUGUUUUGUUGGUAGGAUAAAAGGCUUCAUUUAAUCUAUGGAAUUUGUCAAUUUGCUCUUAAAAGUCUAGUACAGUACUGUGUGUUUUAUUACUUACCAUUACAUGAGCCAAGUUCUGCUUGCUUCUUCUUGUAUGUGUACUUGCACACUGGCUGUAAGAAAAUUUUAUACUUAGUUUUAACUAAUGUGCACCAUUCUAUACUAGAAUAUACAAAUUAUUAUUAAUUUAUGAUGUAAAUACAUCAUUACAAUUUAUGAUUUAAUCUGUAAUGCAGCUUUGAACUGAUUCCAUAAAUCUUUAUUUAGCUACAUGACAAAAACCUGAAAAUUUGGAUUAUUCAUCUUGGAAAUUUUACAAGAUUACAAAUUUUGACUACUGAUAAAUAUCAAUUUUCCUAAAGUAAACUGUACAGUACCACCUCUGGUACAGUACUGCACAGUACAUUAUAUCAUCUGUGAUACUGUUAAAAAUUCCAAUUAUAUUAGAGACUGAGACAAGGACUUAAUGAGCAGUUUCAAGAAAUUAUCAUUAAGGUUGAGCUUGACUAGUGUUUCUGUAAGCUCAUCUUAAUGAAACUCUUUAUCAGUAGUACAGCACAGUAUUGUUCACAGCGUGCAAGACUAUAAAUGUUGUCUUCUGUCUUACCACAAAAUGAAGCCAAUUUGUUGAAUAUAGAUAUUUCUAGUAGAAUUUAAUUUUGUUCUGUGAUUAUUUAAAAAAGUUGGUUGUUCAGUGAUGUGUAUGUGCCAGUAGAUUUACACAGUGAAAGAUAUUACUUUAACCAUUUACUUUAUACAGUAUAUUUGUCAGACAAUGGGCAGUGUCAUUAUUCUUUUAAUUAUUUGGGUAGACCAUUGGUUUGUUAACCUCAUUACAAAUUACUGAAAUGAAAAUUAUCCUACUGUAGUAUCUCUUAUGAUUGAGGCCCAAUGUACUUGUUUUUCUUUACUGUCCUUUCACUGGCUUUUUAGGUGUAAAGAGCUCUACGUUUCUGUGUUGAGAGUAUAGUAAAUGGCUGUUAGUAAA